UGCAGCGGCCGUUGGGCUGUGUGCGCUCACCCCACCCCUCCCCUCCUCGGGCCCGGACCCCCCACCCCGCCGGGCGCAGCCCCAACCCCAGCCCCAGCCCCAGCCGGGACCGUCCCGUGCGGGCCCGUGCCGCCCCCUCAGCCGGCGACGCCCUGGGCCGCCCGCCGGCCCGCCCGCCCGCCACCAUGGAGCUGGAGGACGGUGUGGUGUACCAGGAGGAGCCCGGCGGCUCCGGGGCCGUGAUGUCGGAGCGGGUGUCUGGCCUGGCCGGCUCCAUCUACCGCGAGUUCGAGCGGCUCAUCGGGCGCUACGACGAGGAGGUGGUCAAGGAGCUGAUGCCACUGGUGGUGGCCGUGCUGGAGAACCUGGACUCGGUGUUCGCGCAGGACCAGGAGCACCAGGUGGAGCUGGAGCUGCUGCGGGACGACAACGAGCAGCUCAUCACCCAGUACGAGCGGGAGAAGGCGCUGCGCAAGCACGCCGAGGAGAAAUUCAUUGAAUUUGAAGACUCUCAAGAACAGGAAAAAAAGGAUUUACAGACCCGAGUGGAAUCUUUAGAAUCUCAAACAAGACAACUUGAACUCAAAGCAAAAAACUAUGCUGACCAGAUUAGCAGACUUGAAGAAAGAGAAGCAGAAUUGAAGAAGGAAUAUAACGCAUUACAUCAGAGACACACUGAGAUGAUCCAUAAUUAUAUGGAACACUUAGAAAGAACAAAACUUCAUCAGCUCUCAGGGAGUGAUCAACUAGAGUCCACAGCUCAUAGUAGAAUUAGAAAAGAACGUCCUAUAUCACUAGGGAUUUUCCCAUUACCUGCUGGAGAUGGAUUGCUUACGCCGGACACUCAGAAAGGCGGAGAGACCCCUGGAUCAGAGCAAUGGAAAUUUCAGGAAUUAAGUCAACCACGUUCUCAUACUAGCCUGAAGGAUGAACUUUCUGAUGUUAGCCAAGGAGGAUCUAAAGCUACUACUCCAGCAUCAACAGCUGCGUCAGAUGUGGCCACACUUCCUACUGAUACUCCCUUAAAGGAAGAUAAUGAAGGAUUUGUGAAGGUUGCAGAUACACCAAAUAAAUCAGAGAUAAGCAAGCAUAUUGAAGUACAGGUAGCCCAAGAAACUAGAAAUGUAUCAACAGGCUCUGCUGAAAACGAAGAGAAGUCAGAAGUUCAAGCAAUCAUUGAAUCCACUCCUGAGUUGGAUAUGGACAAAGAUCUCAGUGGAUAUAAAGGCUCAAGCACUCCCACCAAAGGCAUAGAGAACAAAGCUUUUGAUCGUAAUACAGAAUCUCUCUUUGAAGAACUGUCUUCAGCUGGCUCAGGCCUAAUUGGAGAUGUGGAUGAAGGAGCAGAUUUACUAGGAAUGGGUCGUGAAGUUGAGAAUCUUAUAUUAGAAAAUACACAACUGUUGGAAACCAAACAUGCUUUGAAUGUAGUGAAGAAUGACUUGAUAGCCAAGGUGGAUGAGCUGACCUGCGAGAAGGACGUACUGCAGGGGGAGCUGGAGGCUGUAAAACUAGCCAAGCUGAAGCUCGAGGAGAAGAACAAGGAGCUGGAGGAGGAACUUAGGAAAGCUCGUGCAGAAGCCGAAGAUGCCCGGCAAAAAGCAAAAGAUGAUGAUGAUAGUGAUAUUCCCACAGCCCAGAGGAAGCGGUUUACUAGAGUAGAAAUGGCCCGUGUUCUAAUGGAGAGAAACCAAUAUAAAGAGAGAUUGAUGGAGCUUCAGGAAGCUGUUCGAUGGACAGAAAUGAUUCGUGCAUCAAGAGAAAAUCCAGCCAUGCAGGAAAAAAAAAGGUCAAGCAUUUGGCAGUUUUUCAGCCGACUUUUCAGCUCUUCAAGUAAUACUACUAAGAAGCCUGAACCACCUGUUAAUUUGAAAUACAAUGCACCCACUUCUCAUGUUACUCCUUCCGUCAAGAAAAGAAGCAGCACCUUAUCUCAGCUCCCUGGGGAUAAGUCCAAAGCCUUUGAUUUCCUUAGUGAAGAAACUGAAGCUAGUUUAGCCUCACGCAGAGAACAAAAGAGAGAACAGUAUCGGCAGGUAAAGGCACACGUUCAGAAGGAAGAUGGUAGAGUGCAGGCUUUUGGCUGGAGUCUGCCUCAGAAGUACAAACAGGUAACCAAUGGCCAAGGGGAAAAUAAGAUGAAAAAUCUACCUGUGCCCGUCUAUCUCAGACCUCUAGAUGAAAAAGAUACAUCAAUGAAGCUGUGGUGUGCUGUUGGAGUCAAUUUAUCAGGUGGAAAGACCAGAGAUGGUGGUUCUGUUGUUGGAGCAAGUGUAUUUUACAAGGAUGUUGCUGGUUUGGAUACAGAAGGCAGUAAACAGCGAAGUGCGUCGCAGAGUAGCUUAGACAAGUUAGACCAGGAACUUAAGGAACAGCAGAAGGAGUUAAAAAAUCAAGAAGAAUUAUCCAGUCUAGUCUGGAUCUGUACCAGCACUCAUUCAGCUACAAAAGUUAUCAUUAUUGAUGCUAUUCAACCAGGCAACAUCCUAGACAGUUUCACUGUUUGCAACUCUCAUGUUCUGUGUAUAGCGAGUGUACCAGGAGCAAGAGAAACAGACUACCCUGCAGGAGAAGAGUCUUCCGAAUCUGGACAGGUAGACAAAGCAUCCUUAUGUGGCAGCAUGACCAGCAAUAGCUCAGCAGAGACAGACAGCCUGUUGGGGGGCAUCACAGUGGUUGGUUGUUCUACAGAAAGUGUGACAGCAGCUGCCACUUCCCCAAGUACCAACGGUGCUUCUCCAGUGAUGGAAAAACCACCAGAAAAGGAAGCAGAAAAUAGUGAGGUUGAUGAAAACAUUCCAACAGCAGAAGAAGCAACUGAAGCCACAGAAGGCAAUGCAGGGUCAGCUGAAGACACUGUGGACAUCUCCCAGCCCGGCGUGUACACAGAGCACGUCUUUACAGAUCCUCUGGGAGUUCAAAUCCCGGAAGACCUCUCACCAGUGUAUCAGUCAAGUAAUGACUCAGAUGCAUAUAAAGAUCAGUUAUCAGUAUUGCCAAAUGAACAAGACCUGGUGAGAGAAGAAGCCCAGAAAAUGAGUAGCCUUUUACCAACUAUGUGGCUUGGAGCUCAGAAUGGCUGUUUGUAUGUGCAUUCAUCUGUAGCCCAGUGGAGGAAAUGUCUCCAUUCUAUUAAACUUAAAGAUUCGAUUCUCAGUAUUGUACACGUGAAAGGAAUUGUUUUAGUGGCUCUGGCUGAUGGCACCCUUGCAAUCUUUCACAGAGGAGUUGAUGGGCAGUGGGAUUUGUCAAACUAUCACCUGUUAGACCUUGGACGGCCUCACCAUUCCAUCCGCUGCAUGACUGUGGUACAUGACAAAGUCUGGUGUGGCUAUAGGAACAAAAUCUAUGUGGUUCAGCCAAAGGCUAUGAAAAUAGAGAAAUCAUUCGAUGCACACCCCAGGAAGGAGAGCCAGGUGCGGCAGCUUGCAUGGGUGGGUGACGGUGUGUGGGUCUCCAUUCGUUUGGAUUCCACACUUCGUCUCUAUCAUGCACACACUUACCAGCACCUACAGGAUGUGGACAUUGAGCCUUAUGUAAGCAAAAUGUUAGGUACUGGAAAACUGGGCUUCUCUUUUGUGAGGAUCACAGCUCUUAUGGUGUCUUGCAAUCGUUUGUGGGUGGGAACAGGAAACGGUGUCAUUAUCUCCAUCCCAUUGACAGAAACUGUAAUCCUCCACCAGGGACGCUUACUGGGGCUGAGGGCAAAUAAAACCUCAGGAGCAACAGGAAAUCGUCCUGGAAGUGUAAUCCGAGUGUAUGGUGAUGAAAACAGCGAUAAAGUGACUCCGGGGACAUUUAUACCCUAUUGUUCAAUGGCACAUGCACAGCUUUGCUUCCAUGGGCACCGGGAUGCUGUGAAAUUCUUUGUGGCAGUCCCAGGUCAAGUCGUCAGCCCACAAAGUGGCAGUAGUGACACAGAUCUAACAGGUGACAAGGCAGGGCCAUCUACACAGGAGCCUGGCAGCCAGAUGCCCUUGAAGUCUAUGCUCGUCAUCAGUGGAGGAGAGGGCUACAUUGACUUCCGAAUGGGUGAUGAAGGUGGAGAAUCAGAACUUCUUGGAGAGGAUCUUCCACUUGAACCUUCUGUCGCCAAAGCAGAAAGGAGUCACCUGAUCGUGUGGCAAGUGAUGUACGGCAGUGAGUGAGCACAUCGGAAACAGGUGGAGACAGGGAAGCUGUCUCUUCUGCAUGGUUUAGUUUCCCUUUGCCCCUUGAUUUAAUGCUCUCUUUGUGAAAGAAGUUUCACCACAUACUGUGUGAGCAUUUUUUUUCCUGUUAACUCUAUAUUACAGAACCUGUCCUACCAUAACAAUACAGGAACGAGCUGUGUUACUGCACCAGUGUUCUAGGCAAUUUCAGUAUGUUAUGAACAAAUCAAAGAAUGUUUCCUCUCUGCAAACUGGUGAAUUAUAGAAAGCAAUCCAGAUGUGGUUCACUCUGCCACAGUUCAUGUCACUCACUUUGUUUGAUACGGUCACUUUUUAGCUGUCACUAAUAAUGGAAUUAAUGGAACACGUGAUAAGUGAAAUUGUACCAUUAAGUACAAUAAUAAAGUUUUCCCCAAUGUAUUAUAAAAUUGACACAAACUAGGAUUAGGUGGAUUAUCAGGAUUUCUCUAAAUGUCCCAGGGGGCUAAAAGCUAACUGUAAAUUACUUUAACUUUCACUUUCAAAUCUGACAAAUCUUGUUUAUAUGGUAUAUAAAACCUUGUUUUCAUCAGAUUUGGGGGGGGUUUUAUAUUAAAGAAAUUAAGACUACACUAUUUAAAUAAAAGUUUCCUGUUUCUGACUUA